GAAAAAAGCAAAAUAAAAAUAUAUUUUCGAACAUAAAAACUUACAAAAACAGUAAUUGCUGUUUAAUGUAAUACUUGCAAUAAACAACAACAGCAAAAAAAUCCGUAGCCAAAAAAACUUUAGUCGCAACAAAAGAAAACAACAACUGCACGCGCUGUGUGCGCCCUAAUAGCCCAACCAACCAGGCAACCAACCAACCAACCAGCCAAGCAAACAAGCAAGCAAGUAAGCAACAAACAAUAACACCAGCAACAAACCAGCAACAUGGAGAACAUGUCAUCAUCAAUUGAACCGGUGCCGGUUGUGCCACGGACCGCCAAUUUGCUGGCGUGUAAACAAUGGUGGCGCGUCUGCUUCUUAUAUGGCGACCAACAGAAAUACUACCGUCAGGUUUACAGCAAAGCGGCUGCCCAACGUCUGGCGCUCUCCACUGGCUCCUCCAAUGGCUUUGCCACUGGCAACAACGAUGACUGCAACAACGACCAAAACGACAACGACAACGACAACGACAAUGAUAAUGACAACGAAAAUGAGACGCACAGUGGCAAGGACAGCGGUUGUAGUGGCAGCAUGCAGACCGCUGACUAUGAUACGGUGGCAGGCGAUUUUAUCGAAACGCAAUUAGACGACCCAGAUGCCAACAAUGAACUGGCAGAUGUGAUCAACAACGUCGAUAGUGUGGAUAAAAACCAUAAUCAGGAGUUGGGGAAACACAUGAAAAGGAAGAAGAAGCAUAAGAGCAAAGAUGGUGAGGAACAAACGCAUCACUCGCCGCCACCAGUACCGCUUUUUCCUGCCAAAUAUCAAACGUCAAGUACAAAUACAAUAGCAGCCAACUCAGCCUUGAGCGCGACAACGAGCCGCGGCAAACGCCUGCUCCGCUCUUUGCGUGUGCACGUCGGUAAGGGUGGUGGUGGUGAGAAAUCAUCGAAGGGCCGUCACAAUAAUGCAUCCCACUCACAAGAUACGUCUGGCCACCUGACCGAGCCGACAAAAGGUAAUGCCCGCGUCACUGUGCUCGAUGAUCCCUUUCUCUUCGGCAUUGACGCCGAUCAUCUGGGCGACUUGGUGCGGGGCAAACAGUAUGCGCCUAAUACCACCGAGCAAAUAUCUAAAUACUACAAUUCCUAUGUGGAAGAGCAGCAGUACGCCGUAGAUGCGCUUAACUCUCCACAGAUUUCCGAUUUCGGUCAACAUCUGCCGACAGCGCCCUCUACGCCAGAGCAAUAUGGCUCUAUGCAAUAUGAGCCGGAUGUAGCACCAAAACCCGCAUUGCCACCAAAGAAAAAGAAACAAAGUAAUUAUGAAGCCUUACGUAGUACUUUGGUGGAUGGUGGCACACCAGAGUUGCAUUUGAAUGAAAGCGAUUUGCAAUUUCUCAAUUUGAAUAUGCGCAAUCGCAGCUUACCGCGCAGUAUGAAACCCUUCAAGGACGUGCCAACCGAUAUAAGUUUCACAUUCACGGAAGCGGAUGGCGAGGUGACAUCACCCCCACGUCCAGCGCCGCUGCAGAAGAGUGCAACCUGUGAGGGGGACAUUAAUUUAGGUGUACACUUAAAGCGGGAAGAGGAGAAUGAUGAGCCCAUCAGCCGCACGCCGCUAACACAGGUCUCGUAUUUGCAGAAAAUACCAACACUACCACGUCACUUCUCGCCCAGCGCCGCAGCUGCAGCGGCUGCAGCAGUUGGAGGCAGCGCCAGCGGCUUGGGUCUUGGCGCGCCAGGUGCAACCGGAGCGCUACUGCCCAGCAGCUCGUCUGCGAGCGCGCUAUACAAUCCCAAUACGACUGGGUUGCCGACAUCACCAUUGCCACUGCAGCGUCAAUUUCAACACCCGCCACCACCACCACCACACCAGCAACAACAACCGCCGCUACCCCUACAUCACCAUCAAUUGCAUCAGCAAUAUUUGCCACCACAUCAUCAACUGCCACCACCAGCACCACCACAUGGAGGCGCACCUCCGGUUGGCAUGUUGCCGCAUCACGCACCACAGCAGUAUUCACCAGCGCAUUCGGCGCAUUCCUCGUCGUCCAAAUAUUCGACCUCCUCGCUGAAACACCAACAUCAGUCGCAACAUCAACAGCACCACCAGCAGCAACAGCAUGCACCACACCAACUGUCGCCGGCGAUCUCAUCGCCGUCACCGCCAUCGCUACUGCAUCAUCCAUCGUCGGCGCAUGCGCCCUUUGCACUCGUCGGCCACCAGCAGCUCGACAUGCAACGGCAUUCGCAUUCGGACGAUGACAGCGGCUGUGCGCUGGAGGAGUAUACUUGGGUGCCACCCGGUCUGCGACCCGAUCAGGUACGCUUGUAUUUCUCACAAAUACCCGAUGACAAAGUGCCAUACGUGAACAGUCCAGGAGAACAAUAUCGAGUGCGCCAACUACUGCAUCAACUGCCGCCGCACGAUAAUGAGGUUCGUUACUGUCACUCAUUGACGGAUGAGGAACGCAAAGAACUUCGCCUAUUCUCCACACAACGCAAACGUGACGCGCUCGGACGUGGCAAUGUCAGACAGUUGAUGAGUGCGCGUCCCUGUGAUGGUUGUGACGGAUUGAUUUCCACCGGCGACAUUGCGGUCUUCGCCACGCGUCUGGGUCCGAAUGCUUCUUGGCAUCCGGGUUGCUUCGUUUGCAGCAUCUGCCAUGAGCUACUAGUCGAUCUCAUUUAUUUUCAUCGCGAUGGUCGCCUUUAUUGUGGACGUCAUCAUGCGGAGACGCUGAAACCGCGCUGCUCGGCCUGUGAUGAGAUAAUCCUCGCUGAUGAAUGCACCGAAGCGGAAGGACGUGCCUGGCAUAUGAACCACUUCGCGUGUCAGGAGUGCGAGAAGCAGCUGGGCGGCCAACGGUAUAUAAUGCGCGAGGGGAAACCCUACUGUCUGCUCUGCUUCGACGCCAUGUUCGCCGAGUACUGUGACUAUUGUGGCGAGUCGAUUGGCGUGGAUCAAGGUCAAAUGAGCCAUGACGGCCAACACUGGCACGCAACGGACGAAUGUUUCUCUUGCAACACUUGUCGCUGUUCGCUUUUGGGACGCGCCUUCUUGCCGCGACGUGGUUGCAUUUAUUGUUCGAUUGCGUGUAGCAAAGGUGAACCGCCGACACCGUCGGAUAGUUCGGGAACGGGCAUGUAUACCACACCGACACCGCCAACACAACGUGUACGUCCGCAGACACGCAUACCCAGCAGUCAUGCAUCCAGUUCACCGCCAAUGUCUCCCAUGCAGCAACAACAACACCAGCAGAGCUUCAAUCAGGCGAUGUAUCAACUCCAGAGUCAGCAAAUUGCGGCAGGUAUAAUUUGCAGCGGACCGAGUGGGGGUCUAACUGGCCCAGAUGGUAGUGGUGGUGACGGCGCUGGUCGUGCAGGUGAAGCGGGCGGCCUGCCUUGUAUGAGUGCAGCUGCAAUGAGCGGCAAAGCCGACAUGACGCUAUUGGAGGGUGCAAAACAAAGCUAUCCCACCUCAGACUCGGAUGGCGGAGUGGUCAAAGAUAUGGAGCAAGCGCUUGGAAGUCGGAGUGCGGGAGAUUUUACAGACUUCUCAGGCGGCGCGCCUUCAACGUCCUCCCAAAAUCUCUCACCGCUUCUCUCACCCGGCGAGUAUACGCACCUCAUGCCGAAACCCAUGGAGAAUCUAAAGUCCGAAGCAGCAUACAAUUUCAAUGAGAUGUCACUGAAUUUAGACGCCGCUUGGCCUACAAAACCACCACACAGCGGUUCGCACACGUAUAAUCUACCACGUCACAUGCAACAUGUUUCCAAGAUGGAGAGUUCCAUGACUUCAAGCAUGCCUGAACUGACAGGACGCCAAGCCGCACAGGCAACACAAGCAGGUGCACACGCCACCUCACAGCAAUUCGAGCAUGAGUAUGUCGGUACGAUCACAUCACCACUACCCUCGGACAUUGCAGAGUUACCCACACCCAAUUUAUCGGUGGCCUCAACCGCACUACCGCCAGAGCUAAUGGGCUCGCCCACAGCUUCGGGUGGUGAGCGUUCAAUCACUUCGCCCCAAUCCAUGCAAUCUGGCCAGGCGCCCAUACAUCCCGUGUCCAUACUCAGCGGCGCAUCAUCCUCAUCACCGAUGAGCGGUGCCACAGCAGGUGGCGAAGUGAAAAAGAAAGGUGUGCGCUUUGAAGGUUUGCCACCAGAAACACUACCGCGUUCACGCAGUUACUCAGGAAAUGGCGCAGGCACUGGCGGUGGCGGGGGUGGCGACGGUGGUAGAGGCAAAGAUACUAGCGAACGCGCUGCCGGCAGUAGCGGCAGUCAUCACUCAUCACGCCGACGACGUCGUCGCAAAUCAUCAGGUCAUCGUAGCAGCGGCUAUCGCUCACACUCGACCACGCGCGCUGACACCUACGUCACAGCUCAACCGCUCUCCUCCUCCUAUCAGGGACCACCGCCGAUGUUGCAACUUCAAAGUAGUGCGCCCGCAGCUGAUCGCUCUGACCGACAUUGCCAUGACGAAGAAUCCGAUGAUGCCUCCAGUGUUUGUUCCACCUGCUCGUCGUCGUCAUCCUCCUCCGAAGACUACAUGAUGAUGUACCAACUGCCACAGCGACGUCACUAUGGCGGCGUGCGUGUGAGUUAUGUGCCCAACGAUGCGCUCGCCUAUGAUCGCAAACGCAAGCCGUCAGCGGAAAUGAGUGACAAGGACAAGAACUGCAUUAUUUCGUGAUGUGCCGUCGUUGUUUGGCAUGAGCUUUAGAGGAGUGUUCGUGGCAGCGAAGAGGGCAUACUGUCGCUGCUCAAUGGUGAAGCAAUAAUGGUCAAUUCAACCCGCUGGCUAUACGAUGGCCAGCAUUUAGCAAAAGCAAAAGUACAAGAAAACUCAAAUAAGAAAAGAAUGGGAAAUAAAUAGAGGCAAAGAAAUUAAUAUAAUUAACAUAAAAAUAAGAAAACUGAACUUCCAGAUAAAAAAAAUAUAUAAUUACGCGGCGGCGGGUAUCAAAGCGCAACUUUUCUAAUUCCGAGGUAAUUAAUGAGUUAUAAGUUGGUUUAGCGGUAAUCUUAGUUUAAAAGAGACAACAGAUGAAAUUGAAAAAUCUUAGGAACCUUAUAUAUUUAUAUAUUUACUCACAGUUUUUGUUUUUUUGAAACGAAAAUGAGAAGAAUUUAGAAAUUUAAAUUAGCUUCUAGUAGAGCUCAAUGUACCCCAGUAUUCACCAGUCCGAGUAGCUGGUUAAUCGCUCGAACGCGUCACUGCUUGCUUCGAGUUAGCCUGUGCGUUCAACUGUUAGUCCUUUGCAGUACCAGAUGAAGACUUAAUCUAACUUGAGAUGUGUAGUGAUUAGAUAGAAUUCUUCUAGUUCCCUAAACUGCGCAGCUGCUAUGCGUUUGAGUCGUGUUCUUGAUUAGGCUAAAUUAAAACCAAGGAGCCACUCCUGUCUGUCUGUCCCGCCCAUGCCUGACUUCUUACAUUUCCUACAUGUAAAGCAUGCUUUUUUAAACGUGUGAUUUUCAUUGUGGCAAUACUUUUUUCGGACUUACUCCGGAACAAGGUUUGCAAAUCUUGCAAAUUUAUUGCCAAAUAAUGGUUUUGUUCAGCAAUUGUGCUCACUGUUGAAUAUGCUCGAUGGGCAGAUGGAAUCAUUGUACCAUAAUUCUGCCAAAUUGGAGCGAGUCAAAAUGUUAUGACUAUUGGGAAACGCUAUAGAGCCUUGAUUAAUGACUUGUCCGAAAUGAAGGUUGUUGAUGAGCAACAAGACGGCGCCAUAAGCCAUACAACCAUCGAAACAAUAAAUUCUUUGAAGAAAACUUUGUUUUGCGUUUUGGGAUUGUGUCAUGGCCUCCAUGAUAGUUCGAUUUAACAUCGUGAGGCUAUUUUUUAAGGAGUUAUGUAAAAUCACUUCAUUUUUUUUUUGCUUAGAUAAGCUUAGGACGAUUGAUGCCUUCCAAAAAGUGCUUGAAAAUAUGACCCCUCGUGUGGAAGUUAUUCGAGUCAAAAGCAGCCAAUUAGAACUGGCUGCAUAUCAAUAUAGAAGAGAAGAUAACAAAGACCUUACCUUCUAAGCAAUCACUCGCCGGAAAUCAUUUCUAGAACACAAUGGCGAACCCCUAUCUUUGCCAACAACCGUCCUUCGGUCCUUACGAAACCACGCGAGAAAAAAAUCCCAAAAUUUCUGCUCCAAUUACUUUACAGAGUCACUGCCUGGUGGCCAGCACUAGAGCAUAUUUACUUUUCAGAAUCCUCAUUACAUGGUAGACUUCUACGAAAGCCUAUGUAAUUCUCCUUAGUCUUAGUCUUGUAACGUUAACAAACUUCAUCCCGUUCUCGGAAGAGUUCGAAAAAUCCCAAGGUGGAAUGGGGGAAAUUUAACAAUUUCCAAACGGAACCAUUAGCAGGCGUUAUGAGCACUGGGGCGUCUUUCAGUUAGAACUAACUGUAAUAACAGAAGCAGCCAAUUAGAUCUGGCCCGGAUCUGAAGGGGAGUAGCGACUGCAUUUGAAACCAUUUAUCUCUCCAUUUUUCAGCUGACGAUGUGUUGGUUAUUCAGAUGGGCUUCUAUAUGAACGGCAGUGCUCUUUAACCGAUACUUAAAAAAUGUAGACAGAAUAUAUGUAAAUAUCUAAUCUAUAAUAAAAUAAGUUUGGUUUUUAGAAUUUAUUAAAAGUGCAACAUGACUGAAAUAUAAUGGGAACUGCAAUAUAAUGGACCAGCUUAGAUAACUGUGGCUCGCUACUAUGCCGUAGGUCUGUAGAUCCUGCGUAGUGUCAAUGUAGCGCAUUAAUUUAAUUCGAGUUAAAAAAGUCGAACCGAAGUCCAUGAGGUUAUAGACAUUCAGUUUUGAAACUUCCUCUUUUCUGAACAGCAUAGCUCCUAGAUAUCUGAGACAGAAACUACGCUACUUAUCCCCCGACGCAUUAUAAUGCACAUUGUCAUUAUGUCUACAACUGUUCCAGAAGGUAUUUUUCCUUCGCUACCAACACACAUCAUCCUGCCGGUCUUACAUGCCCGUUAAGCAUUCCAUCUCGCUCACUCUAACUUGUUUUCCAGUUUUCUGGGAAAUUUUAUUCCACACAGUCUUUAGUGUCUAUCGCAUUGCAUAUACUGGUUCGGUCGCCAGAUGGUGAGCAACCUCGUCAAGUGAUUGGUUGCCCACAAAUGCUCUUAUGAUUUGGAACUCAGUAGAUAAGUAGCUGUUACCCUUCAGCCACCACCUUAUACACUGCCUCGCCGCAUUUAAGGGCGUAAUAGAAAAAUCGAAAUAUUUUUAACUAUUAAUAUUUAUUUUCUUUUUGUACUUUGUUAGGAUCGUUUGUCUAGAUUGCGUAAUAUCUGGAUGAGGUUAUUUCCGUAUACAGUCGUAUCUUUCGGAAUUAUGUUUUAUUGGAUUUUGUGUGUGGGAUUUCAAUAUGCACUGGUCAGGCGCACACUUACCAUUCGCUGCUUUGGAAGCUUUCCCCCUGAGCAAAUAUUAUUUCCACUUAUUUCAUUUCAGAUACUGAAGAGUGCAACUCUCAAUUCCCUUAUGCAGCAUACUGACCAGAAAAAUAAAAAAGUGUCCUCUAUAAAAUUGAAUGCAUUUUUUUAAUAAUAAAAAAUUCUAUGAAUUCUAAUUUAGGAUCACUUUAAAUUUAAAAUAAAAAUUCUUAGUAAAAACUCUUCUGCCAUAAUCAUCAACAGAUCUAUUUGAAAAAUUUUA